AUCUCGAUUGGUGGAAACGAUGCUGAGGCUCGCCGGAAGAGGACUAUCUGGGCUCUCAUGGCGGCCGACGUCCGCCGUCUCUGCCGUCUUCUCGAGGAAUCGUGCACAAGGAGUGGUGGACUCGCCCAUCUCCGACGAUUCCGUGUCUCGGUUCACCUUUCAAUCACCUCUCGUUGGGGCUGUAAGAGGGUAUGCUUCUGAGACCCUUGUGCCUAGACAUCAGGAUUUGGGUUUAGCUGAUCUUCCUGCUACUGUAGCCGCUGUGAAGAAUCCAACCUCAAAGAUUACUUAUGACGAACAUAACCACGAGCGUUAUCCCCCCGGAGAUCCAAGCAAGCGGGCUUUUGCAUACUUUGUUUUGACCGGCGGUAGAUUUGUGUAUGCAUCGUUGCUUCGUCUCCUGAUUCUCAAGCUUGUGUUGAGCAUGUCACCUAGCAAAGAUGUCCUGGCUCUAGCUUCCUUGGAAGUAGAUCUCUCCAACAUUGCAUUAGGUUCCACAGUGACCGUGAAGUGGCGAGGAAAGCCUGUUUUCAUAAGACGUCGAACAGAGCAAGAUAUCAAGUUGGCCAACACCGUAGAUAUUUCAUCACUUCGUGAUCCGCAGGUGGAUGCGGAUAGGGUGAAGAACCCUGAGUGGCUAGUUGUGGUCGGUGUCUGUACCCACUUAGGAUGCAUUCCAUUGCCCAACGCCGGAGACUUUGGCGGGUGGUUCUGCCCUUGUCAUGGUUCCCAUUACGAUAUUUCAGGGAGGAUUCGGAGGGGCCCAGCUCCAUUCAACCUUGAGGUUCCCCAGUAUUCCUUCUUGGAUGAGAACAAGCUGCUCAUCGGUUGAGUUCCACUCCGUCACAUUCAUAUUUUUCUACGAUAUUUCUAUAACAUGAAUAUUCCAUAUUUUUCUGCCUGAAUCGUUGGCAGUUGAAUUUAAAUAAAUGUUAUUUGCCUUUGAUGGCAUUGGCGCUUGAAUUACUAGAACGAUGGCGCGCAAGUCUUGUUUCAAACAUUACUUCUGAACUAUUUGAUUCUUUGGGAAGAGAAAAGAAGUUCAAUCGGAAGUUGUUAUUAAUUGCUA